AUGAGGGAGGAGAAGAAGAAGGAGAAAGAGGAAAAUCGACAGGAAAAAAAGGAAGGCGGGAAAGCGACAGAAAGGAGAGACGAGAAAAAGAAGGAAAAGGAGGAGGAGAAGAUUAAAGAAGAAGGAAGAGGGGUAAGAGGAGAAGGAGAGGGAGAAAGAGAAGUAGGUGAAGGAGGAGAGAAGAGAAGUCACUCGAAAGAUCAAGACCCAUCAAUUUGCUCGAAGGUGAUGCCUCUUGACUGGAAGGAGUUGGAGGAGGAAGAAGAACGAGGAGGGAGGAGAAGUUGGAAGAAGAGGAGGAGGAAGAAGAAUGAGGAAGAUAGAGGAAAAAGAGCAAGAGAGAGGAAAAAGGAAGAAGUAGGAGGAAGAAGGAACUGUAAAAGGGAAAGGGAAAGGAGGAAAAUCGGGAGGGAGGAGGAGGAAAUUGACGGGUUAGAGGAGGAAAAAGAAAAGAAGAAAAUCGAGAGGAAGGAGGAAAUUAACGAAGUUGGAGGAGGAGGAGGAAGAAGAAGAAAAAGGAGGGAGAAGGAGCAAGAGAGUGGAAAAAAAAGGAGAAAGAGGAGGAAGACGGAACUGGAGAGGGGAAAGAGAAAAGAGGAAAAUCAGGAGGAAGGAGGAGGAAAUUGA